CACUCCUUUUUUUCUUUUUUUUAAAAAUCGCUGGGUCUGUUGAGCUCUACCGGGCUGGGUGCCUCGCUCAGUGACUGAGGCUGGAGGCAGACGGAAACCGCCACAAGGGCAGACUGAGGGGGCAGAAGAAAGUCUGCCGGGAUGUUGAGUCAGGGACCCCGGACCCCAGCUUCAGGUUGCUACUAUCUAAAUGCCAUGACACCUGAGGGCCAGGAGAUGUAUUUGCGAUUUGAUCAGACUACGAGACGCUCUCCUUACAGGAUGAGCCGGAUUCUAGCACGCCAUCAGCUAGUGACUAAAAUUCAACAAGAAAUCGAGGCGAAGGAAGCAUGUGACUGGCUCCGCGCUGCUGGCUUCCCGCAGUACGCUCAGCUAUACGAGGAUUCGCAAUUUCCCAUCAACAUUGUGGCUGUCAAGAACGAUCAUGAUUUUCUUGAAAAGGACCUUGUAGAACCUCUUUACAGACGACUAAAUACAUUGAACAAGUGUGCCUCAAUGAAACUUGAUGUGAACUUCCAAAGGAAAAAGGGUGACGACUCCGAUGAGGAAGAUCUCUGCCUCAGCAACAAAUGGACUUUCCAAAGAACCAGCCGCCGGUGGUCUCGCGUGGACGACCUCCACACACUGUUUCCUGGAGGAGACAGAAAUGGGUUGUCGGGAGACAUUAGGAUGAGAAACACGACCAGCAGUGAAAGCGUCCUCACGGAUCUGAGCGAGCCCGAGGUCUGCUCCAUUCACAGCGAAAGCAGCGGCGGGAGCGACGGCCGCAGCCAGCUGGGCGGGCACGGCGCCGGCCAGGAGGCCUUCGAGGGCCCCGGGCAGUACUGCGCCGACGGCCCGGUCAUGCUGGACGCCGCACUGGUGGGCCAUAGCCUCCUGCCAUCCCCCAAAGACGGGCUCCAGCACCCUUUGCACCCAAAGAAUGAGAAGCCCAGCCGGGUCAGAGCCAAGUCGUUCCUGAAACGCAUGGAAACGCUGCGAGGGAAAGGCGCGCAGGGGAGGCACAAGGGGCGGACCGGGGGCCUGGUGAUCAGCGGUCCCGUGCUGCAGCAGGAGCCCGAGUCCUUCAAGGCCAUGCAGUGCGUCCAGAUCCCAAACGGACACCUCCAGAACUCGCCCCCCGCCACCGGCACUGCCGGGCUUCCUGGCCCCACCAAGUGGGGUGCUGAGGGCAGCCCCUCAGAGAAUAGCAGCACUGGGGGGAGCACGCUUGGCCUGAAGGAGCGGAGGUGCCAGGAGGCCCACAAGCGCGGGGGCAUGUACCUCGAAGACCUGGACGUGCUUUCGGGGACAGCGCUGCGGGACUCGGGGGACCGAAACCACCACGCGCAUGAGUUUCACUCCCAAGAGAACUUGGUGGUGCAUGUCCCCAAGGACCACAAGCCAGGAACCUUCCCCAAGGCACUCUCUAUCGAGAGCCUCUCGCCAACAGACAACAGCCACGGGGCGAACUGGAGGACUGGGAGCAUCUCCCUGGGCAGACAGCCCAGCCCGGGGGCCAGAGAGCCCAGGCUCAUGGGGUCCUGCCACAGGGCAAGUCGGGUCAGCAUCUACGACAACGUCCCCGGCUCCCACCUGUACGCCAGCACCGGGGACCUUCUGGACUUGGAGAAGGAUGACCUCUUCCCUCACCUGGAUGACAUCCUCCAUCAUGUCAACGGGCUCCAGGAGGUAGUGGAUGACUGGUCCAGAAACAUGUUACCCGAACCACAGACACACAGCGCCGGAGAGGCUGGCUUCUCCCCUUUCCCCUCUCCCAAUCAGAUCACCUUGGAUUUCGAAGGCAACUCUGUCUCCGAAGGUCGGACCACACCCAGUGACGUGGAAAGAGACGGAGCGUCUCUUACUGAGUCAGAGGCCGCUGGGGUCAGAGAAAGGAGGGACUCGGGAGUAGGGGCCUCUCUGACCAGGCCAAACAGGCGACUCCGGUGGAACAGCUUCCAGCUCUCACACCAGCCGCAGCCAUCUACGGCGUCACCCCACAUCAGCGGACAGACAGCCGGCCAGCUGAACCUGCUCCAGCGCUUCUCGCUGCUCCGCCUCACGGCCAUCAUGGAGAAGCACUCCAUGUCCAACAAGCAUGGCUGGACGUGCCUCUCCCCGCAGUGUGCUCCACGAGGCGUGCAUGACCUGGUUUCUGUGAAUUCUAGGGCAGUUCCAAAGUUCAUGAAGAGGAUGAAAGUUCCCGAUUAUCGAGACAAGAUGGUCUUUGGCGUUCCCCUCAUCGUUCACGUCCAGAGAACUGGGCAGCCUCUGCCACAGAGCAUCCAGCAAGCGCUGAGGUAUCUACGCAGCAACUGCCUCGAUCAGGUGGGUCUUUUUCGAAAAUCAGGUGUGAAAUCUCGAAUACAUGCCUUACGUCAAAUGAAUGAGAACUUCCCUGAGAAUGUCAGCUAUGAGGACCAGUCCGCUUACGACGUAGCAGACAUGGUGAAGCAGUUCUUCCGGGACCUUCCCGAGCCUCUUUUCACCAACAAGCUCAGUGAGACCUUCCUCCACAUCUACCAGUAUGUCCCCAAGGAGCAGCGGCUGCAGGCAGUGCAGGCGGCCAUCCUGCUGCUUGCUGAUGAGAGCCGAGAGGUGUUGCAGACGCUGCUGUGCUUCCUCAACGACGUGGUCCAUGCGGUGGAAGAGAAUCAGAUGACGGCCAUGAACUUGGCCGUGUGUCUGGCCCCCUCCCUCUUCCACCUGAAUUUACUGAAGAAAGAAAGCUCCCCCAGAGUCAUCCAGAAAAAAUAUGCGGCCGGGAAGCCAGAUCAAAAGGACCUCAGUGAGAAUCUGGCUGCGGCUCAGGGCCUGGCCCACAUGAUCAUGGAAUGUGACAGACUUUUUGAGGUCCCGCUCGAGAUGGUGGCCCAGUCUCAUAAUUCGUAUGUGGAGGCUGAGAUCCACCCGCCAACUCUGGAAGAGCUGGGAGCCCAGCUGGAGGACACCGGGGCCACUUUCCACACGUACCUGGAACACCUCGUGCAGGGCCUCCAGAAGGAAGCCAAGGAGAAGUUCAGAGGAUGGGUCACGUGUCCCAGCACAGACAACACAGAGCUGGCCUUCAGAAAGGUGGGAGACGGGCCCCCGCUGAGGCUGUGGAAGGCCUCCGCGGAGGUGGAGGCGCCCCCCUCGGUGGUUCUGAACCGCGUGCUGAGGGAGCGCCACCUGUGGGACGAGGACUUCGUGCAGUGGAAGGUGGUGGAAACGCUGGACAAACAGACGGAAGUCUAUCAGUACGUGCUGAACAGCAUGGCGCCCCACCCCUCCCGGGACUUCGUGGUUCUCAGAACCUGGAAGACUGACUUGCCCAAAGGAAUGUGUGCCCUCGUGUCCCUGUCCGUGGAACACGAGGAAGCCCAGCUCAUGGGCGGCGUGCGGGCUGUGGUGAUGGACUCUCAGUACUUGAUAGAGCCGUGUGGUUCGGGCAAGUCGCGGCUGACCCACAUCUGCAGGGUGGACCUGAGAGGUCACUCCCCAGAAUGGUACAAUAAAGGCUUUGGACACCUGUGUGCGGCGGAAGUUGCCAGGAUUAGAAACUCUUUUCAGCCCCUCAUUGCUGAGGGUCCAGAAACUAAAAUCUGAGUUUUCCCAAGUGUGACAUCAAACUCAGGGAAGAGGAAGCAGAAGCAAACAAUUGUGGGAGAGAGUGUGAGAGUGAGAAAGCGAGAGAGAGAGAGAAACCGAUUGACAAAGUUAAUGCUCAAAAGCAGAAGCACUGAGAAGUCGGAAUGUCAAAGAUGCAAGAAUUUCUGAGAACUUUUCCUAGCCUUCCUGGAGACGGCUACAUCCCUACUAAUAUAAUAUUUUUAAAAAUCAGAACAUUUAUCUAUGUUACUUAAGAUUAAAUGGAUUAUUCCUUGUGCAUUUGCUAAUUUUGCUAUUUAAAGGCUUCUAAGAAGCAUUAUCAUUAACUGUAAAUAAAUGUAUGUAUAGCAUAUGUACAUAUGUGUGUAUAUCUCUAUCUUUACUGUAUAUAUGUAAAAUAUCAACUUUAUAUAUAAUUGCGUAUUUUGAAAAGGAAUGCAUCUGACCAGGUGAGUCCCUUCCCCACAUGGUUCUUUCCGAGUCUCUCUGGGCCCUGUGUCCCCACUGCCCUGUAAGCUGAGCAGAAUCUGCUGCUGACACCAAAGUGUGAAAACAAGUUGUCCGCCCUGAUGUUUUACCAAAGAUUAGCCAACCAAAGGAAAACACAUUAAAUGGUUCUCACGUCUUGUCAGUUUGUAUCAUUCAAAACCUGAAAGUGGGGUGUUGGAUAAAGCAAGGAAAAUAAUAGCCCUCUUUAAAGCAGAGAAGUGGGUGAGCAGUCGUUACCAGAUUUAAGACUAUCUUACCAGUUGCCAUGGGGCCGGCAGAUACAGUUUCAGUGAAAUGCCAGACGCCCAUGGACCACUGGAGUCAGCGCCAGUGACUGAAACAGAACCUGUAUUUCCCUGCUGAUUAGAGCUGAAUAUAAUAGCCUUGGCAUAUUCACAGCCAAAGGGAGCCUCUGUGUUUUGUUGAGGUUUCAUAGAUACAUUGCAUAAUGUUCUUAAAUGUCAUUCUGUUUGACCAGUGGCCUAUUUAACGGUCACAGUUAAUUGACAUUUUCUUACCAACGUCUUGCACUGAAUUUAACUCUGGACACCAGAUAAAGGGAGAUGCUGGUCACUGAAGAGUCCUGGACCCUUACAGCUUCAGGGAGUUCUAAUAUUGCUACGUAUGAUGCUCUUAAGAUAUUACUCGUUAAAGUUCCGCAAUAUGAAAGACAGGGUUUUAAACUAACAUUAAGACCAAAACUGUGUUCUUCAAUUAGCUUUAGAAAAUAUAAACAGGUUUGUUAAGUCCAUGUUUCUUCAUUAGUCAGUCAAGCUAGCUAUGCAUUUGACUGAACCUUAUUUAUUAUUGUAUGGACUAAGCAAAUUGACUAUCCUUAACCAAUUGCUGAUGGAUUUUAAGUUGGGUUUUUUUAAUUGUAAUUCAGCAACUCUAGAGAGGAAGAUAAUUUAUUGUGUUUGAUUUCAGGGAGAGAUUGGUAUCAUAAUUUAGCAAUUGGUGUUGGAGGGGAAAAAAACAGUGUUUUCUUUUUAUAUUGUAUGUUUAUGUAAUGUUUUCUUUUAUCAGCGAUGUGCAAUUCUUUUAUUGAGAGGAAUAAAAAUGCUAUAAAUGAGUUCUGGAUGGUACGAGUAAAAUCAUACUGUCUGAAUUGUAAUCGAGGAAUUUGUUUUGUUCCCUUGCCUACCGAAGAAGGUGGCGGCAAACCCGUAGUUUUCCAUUUGCGCACUGCUCUGCGAGCAAAACAAAUCCACAUCCUAAAUUUAACCACACAUGCCAGAUUACAGACAGGAUUGUUAGUGAAUUUUAAUUUAGCUUAAUGCUGGUCCCACUCCAGAGAUGGGCUCGCGUGUUUUCAGGAGGUGUGACGGGCACAAAGGAUGACCGGUGUCGGGUCACCGAGAGCAGGGUUUUCCAGCCUUAGCAGCACACGGAUCACCUGGAGAUCUUGUUCCAAUGAGCCUCUGAUUCAGGUAGUCUCAGGCAGGCCUGAGAUUCUGGAUUCUGAACCAGCUUCAGGGCAAAGACCACAGCCUGAGAAGCCGAGAUCUAGAGGACACUUAGAAUAAAAACAACGUGAUUUGAUUUCUGACUCCCUUUUUCUUCAAAUUACCUUUUUAUUUUUUAUGCACAUACUAAGUACACCCCUGCUGCCUACAACACAGUGCAUCUUAAAAAAAAACAAAAAAAGAGGAGAAAGAUGCAUCAAGCUUGUUGUCAAAUACCACAGUAUUUUAUGCAUUGUUAUCUUGCCAAUGGAAAUAAAAUAUACUGCCUUUAAAUAAUA